AUGACCUUGCUACUGCAGUACCGGCUUGUGUCGUCAGGGGAUCUCCCACUAGCUUUUGCUUUCUUUUUGCUGUGCUACUACUCCCUUACCAUUUGGUAUGGCAUGGGGCUCAGCAAAUGGAAUGCGAAGGGUGUCUGUCGUUGGGAAAAUGAUUUAGGUCCUAAGCAGUGCUGGACAAUUCUAUCUUCCCCUAAGCCAUGGGCCUUUUCAGCGCACUUUGGUGUUCACGGCGGCGUUCUCGGGUUCAACAAGCUGCCGCUCCCACCGAAGCCACUCAAAUGGAUGUUCGUGCUGCCUCGCCAAUUCAUUCAAGUGCUGUCCCUAGCCCUAGUAACGCAGGAUGUUCCUGCUCCUAGCCCCCUCGCAAGGUGGUUGCAUAUGUUCUCUCUUAUGUCCUUGCGUAUACCUUCUGAGGCUACUUGUUCAGGAGAUAUCCCAAGUACUGCUCCUGAAGCCGCGCCGACUGAGGCUCAAAUUACGAUUCCACAAGGUCAGACCUUGGCUAGCAGCGAGUGGACCCGGAUUUCGGGAGACCUUGGAUUCAAUUCCUGGUCAAGCACAGCCAGCCGCCUACCUUGGACCACAGAGCAAUCACCUAGCAGAGCCACCCGGGGCGAGGAUCGUCACCUGCCAAGGGGACAAGGACUGCUCCACGGGAGUAACUCCACGGCGCCCCCUACGCCAAGAGUAGCGAACUCGAGCAUUACUGUACCAUCGCCUUCGGCAAUCAACGGCAACGGCACGCCGACUCUCACCCCGAUAGCUCAACCGACGUCAAUCAUGUCUGAGCUUCCAGCAAGUUUCCUUUCGGAUGAUUUUAUGCAGUCCGUGGCGGCUGAACUGGAUAAUUUUGACCCUCAAGGACCUUUCAGGCCAGGCGAGACUGGGAUUGACUUUGAACAAUUUCGGGAUGCUGUGGAAGACUAUUUUCUUUCACUUCCUAAUAUCCGUCAUCAUUCUUAUCAGACUUCUGCCCCAUUUGAAUAUCGGCAUUCCAUAUGCAAGGAAUAUUAUUCGGAUCCCUUCGCACGCGAUGCCUAUGCGGAGAUAAUAUCCGUAACUUGCAUAAACGCAUUUCGCCUGUGUCAGACUAACCGUCCCCAGGUCAACUUGCUCUUUGUUGAGCGCAACUACUCGUCUCAUCCGGUUUCACGGAUCAAAAUGUGGUCACCAGGAAAUAGGGCCGCUCUUGGGGGGAGCAUAAGAUGCGAGGAUGGUGGAGAGGGAGGCGCGGGGGAUGAAAGACGUCGGUCGGAGGGGGGCGGCUCGGGGUCGUGCGUUACUGUGCAUCCUCUUGAGUCGGAUAUUCAACAGCCGACCAACUCGAGGGAAAACCCAGAUCAACUGCAGCUUGCAGUCCCUCCACGAAACAACCUAAAGGGCAAGCCCGAGCUCACAUCAGACUCACUCGUUAGUAAGUUUUACGGCGGGAUUUUCACACACCGAACUCGUGGAGGAAUGGCGAGUGGGACGGCGAAACCGCCUAUCCUCAUUUCAGUGACGCGAUGCAACACUCCGACUGUCUGCGUGCGAGGUGCAGACGAGGUAGAGCGAAUGAACCGAACGGGACGGAGGAGAAUGUUUGGUGUCAGCUAUAGUGACCAGCCUGUGCAAUUGUUCUCUGGAUGUGCAAACAGGUUCCAAGCAUUGCAGUGCAAUAUUGGGAGGGUCGGCUCGAGUGCAGUAAGGCACGGUGGAGAGGUUUACUCCCCACGUUCUCGCUCUGGAGUCGCCUACUGCUUUGCUACGGACUCGGCAGAUAAGUGGGUUACUGCGUUGACCUCCAAGUCGGUCACAGUCAUACACGCGGGAUGGAUCGUGCAUUGCGUCGACAGUGGAUUUAAAGUCCCGAUGGCGAAGUAUGUGCUUGAUGAGCUUUUCGUUCCUGCGGCCCCAUACCGAGUUGUCCACGGCUUGGCGGAUCCGGAGACUCAGUUCCAAUUCAGGGAGACUCGACCAGACCAGUCCACUGACGAUUCUAAUACUCUAGUCCAACUGGAUACUCCAAGCACCCCUCCUCCCAGCAUAUCGAGCUGCAAGCGCAAACGAGAGUCCGCAUACUUUGACUCUCCAAGUGGCUGCUACAUUUUCUCCGAGUUCGACAAGGACGGAAUUCCUCGCCGACCAAGAAAACUGCGGAAGUUGCGCUUCAAACCAUCUUUCACCCCAAAACACGACAACACGCCUCAACUAAUAUGUCAUGAUCACCCUUCAGACGACUUCAAUCCAUUCUUGACAGUUGCAGAUACUUUUGCAAAGGUCUGUCAGACCGACGGCCUUGCUGUUGCGAACGCGACCGUUGGGCCUCCUUCCUUCUCCAACUCUGUACACCAAAGUUCGACCUUGAAGGCUGUCCAGCGCCACCAGACGAAUCCCCCUCCGGAUCGCUCGUACUUCUCCGCUGACCGGAUCCAUCGUAAUUCCCAAAAGCCGAAAGUGACGAAACCGGUGCAUACGAUCGAUUUCAGCCGCCUCCCGACGGCACAUGGACGAACCCGGUUCCCGGGCGUUGAUUUGCGAUCCGGCAAUUUUAACUGCCCCCUGACUAUCAACAAGUUAUCAGACAAGAUCGAGGUGACUAGUGGCAAUGCGGUGGUGAAUGACGACAGACCAGCAAGGAAGAUCACGUUUGCAAGUCACGCCUUGGUCCGUCUCUAUCGCAACAGGUCCGAUGCCGACGGCUCGCAAGACAGCAAUCCGACGCCGCAUGCUGACACAACCCCUGACGCCAUUACUGGCUCUUCAUCUGACAACGUUAAGGACCAUCUAGAAACUUCUGAAGGAUCUCUGUUUAUCAGCGAAAACCCCACCGAGAGAUUGGGCGAAGCAGCAGUUCCGUGUCCCCCGGAGUGCCCUGAUAAUAUCACUCUCACUGAAAAUGACAUCAAGCCAAAGAUAUUUAACCCCUUUUGUGGUACAUCGGAAGAUAAUUCUCGUGUCCUUACGCUGGACGUCCAGCAAGUACUGGAUUUCAGGAAUAGUCUGAAGAAACAGCACCCAAAGUGCAAAUUACCGAGCGGGCAGUUGGCCAUGCUGUUUGAAUUGAGGAAAGGCUAUGCAGGGAUGGAAUUCCGCCAUGAAUGGUGACAUGGACAUGAAAGGGACUAUGGACUACGAUACUGUAUAAUUAGCGAAAAGUUUGUCGACCAUUGUAAUGCAACUCCUCCUUGAUGCAAACUGUCAAUUCCACAGCAGUUCUAGUCAACGUACAAUAGCGGGGAAAACCAGAUACAAUAAAUAUCCGCGAAUUCAAAGAUACGACCUAGAGUACAAACCCUCAUCUGCCACCAGGACCUCCGGAGGGUGGCGGUGAACGAGGGGGGGAAACGGUGGUUGGGGGUGUAAAGAAUCCGCCGGCUGUGAUUCCUACUGCUUCCACGC